AUGAAGUCAAACUUGAUCGUCAGUCUUGCUUUAGCAACAUCUACGGCGGCAUAUUCCUUACCGCCAGAACUUCAGGAAAAUCACCACCAAGUAGUUAGACCAACUCCAAACCAAAAACAGGCGUACUGGUAUAGAACACAUUGGUGGUUACAACAUCCGCAUCAAAGGCCAGCCAGCUGGUCAUGGAAACAAACGUACUGGCACGAUCCCAAUGCCCAGCAUCAACACAAUCAAAAUAUCCAGCAUCAACACAAUCAAAAUGUGCGACAUUGGCACGAUCCCAAUACUCAGCAUUGGCACGAUCCCAAUGUGCAACACCGACACAAUCCAAAUAUUCAGUAUCGGCAGCAUGUAUCAAAUGGACAUGCGAGUCGAUCAGCUGUACACGCUCAAUACCACAGAUCUAAACCACAAUCUACUACAAGUGUAAGUAAAUCUGCAUCUGAUAAAAAAGGUAACCACCCACAUACUAGUACUUCCAAAUCAAACUCGAGUGAUGAUGAUGACGAAGAAGAAGAUGGGGAGGAAGAAGAAGAUGGUGAUGGUGACGAAGAUGGUGAUGGUGACGAAGAUGGUGAUGGUGACGAAGAAGAAGAUGGUGAUGACGACGAUGAUGGUGACAAGAAUACUCAUCAUGGCAGCUCUUCAUCGACAAAAAAUUUUGCAGAUUCAAGUAAAGCUACUUCGCAUGGCAAAUCAAGCUCACAAACGAAUACCGAAUCACAACAUCACAAUUCAACACAAGAUAAAAAUACCUCAAAUGGUCCCAGUACAACAAGUACAUCAGUUACCGAACAAAAGCAACCGCCCGCAGCAACUUUUGAUGUACAGGUUGAAUUGCCGGGUAGUCAACCACCUCCGGCCUUGGGACAAGGCCAAGUUGAAGGAACUUCAGAUCCAUCGAUGCCAUCACAAGGACAUACUGCUAAUGGUACAGCAAAUUGGGUGUUGGCUGCGGCAACUCCAAACAUAACCACAUACUUUGGGCUGGCCCUUUUGACCAUAGGAGUUGUUUUGCUUUAA